CCAAGCUACAGCCGGGAUCCAAAUCUCAUCUGGCUCAGCACAUCUGAGCACGAGGUGAUUCCAGCAUUCUUUAUUGACAGGGACGCCAAGUUCACACUGCUCUUCAGCCACGGUAAUGCAGAGGACCUGGGUAUGAUCAUCCAGUACUUCCGGGAGGUUUCGCAUAUCUUGGACGUCAAUGUCUUCGCAUAUGACUACACCGGAUAUGGAAUGAGCUCAGGUAAACCGUCUGAGCAAGCGCUCUAUGCUGACAUCGAGGCAGCAUUUAAGUACCUGCGCGACAUCGUGGGUACGCCUUGGAGUGAGAUUGUGGUGUAUGGACGAUCAAUCGGGUCGGGUCCAUCCAUCCACUUGGCUACCAGGACAGCAGUGAGAGCCGUUGUGCUGCAAAGCCCGCUGCUCUCGAUCUACCGGGUGGCAUUUUCCUCAAGUUUCACGCUGCCUGGCGACAUGUUCCCUAACGUGGACAGAAUAGGUCAGGUGAAGUGCCCUGUGUACAUUGUGCAUGGAACACAGGACGAAAUCAUUCCGUCAUCCCACGCGGAGGAUUUAGUUCGCAAUUGCCGAGAGGGAAUCGCUUAUCCGCCCUACUUGGUCGAGAACGGCGGCCACAACAAUCUGGAACUCAUCGCUCGGCAGCCUUUCUACGACAACUUCACAAAAUUCCUGCAGUG